AUGGCACCACCCAUCUCCUCCCUGUCGUCUCUCGUGGCGUCCAGCCAAAUCCCGACGCCGCUGCUCCCGAAGCCCAGCAGCAGAGCGCUCGCCGUGGCGCCCUGCAGCUCCGCGUCCUCAUCGGCCUCGCCGUCCACUUCCUCGACUCCUUCUCGCCACGCCGCGGCGCCGGCGGCAUCGGCGGGCAGGAGGGGGCUGCUGGCGCUGGGCGCGGGGUUCCUGUCCUCGGCCGCGCUGCUGAUCCCGGCUGGGGACGCCGGCGCCACGCGCGUCGAGUACUACGCGACGGUCGGGGACCAGCUGUGCGACCUGAGCCUCGUCAAGUCCGGCCUCGCGUACUGUGACGUCGAGGUGCACUACACUGCAAGGUUUCCUGACGGUACACUGUUCGACAGCAGCUACAAGCGCGGCAGGCCACUGACAAUGCGCAUAGGUGCAGGCAAGAUCCUCCGAGGGCUUGAACAGGGGAUCAGUGGCGGCGGUGGUGUGCCACCCAUGCUUGUUGGUGGAAAGCGCAAGCUAAUGAUACCUGCGUCACUGGCGUACGGGCCUGAACCAGCAGGCUGCUUCUCAGGAGACUGCAACAUUCCCGGAAACGCCACACUUCUAUAUGACCUUUACCUCGUUGGGAUUUACAAGAAGUUCGAGAUAGAAUUUGGGUACAAUCACGUUGUCAAAUUGACAUUCUUCUUUUCAGAGUUAACGAUCGUUCUCUUUUCCAAGAUUGUUAAUCACUUGUCGGAAAUUUUACUUUGGCAGUUUUUUUUUCCUGGAACACGUGGAGAGUUUCAGGGACAAGUUUAUCCGGCAGAUGAAGGUGUUUCUUGCCAAGAUUGGUGGUGA